AUGAUUUCUCGGAAUUUCCUCAAACCUGUGGCACUUUUCGCGGCCUCGGUGCACGGGUACGCAUACCCUGGCAGCUGUUCUGGGGCCUGCAAUGUUCAUGACCCAACGUUGAUCCAGAGGUCGUCUGACAGCCUUUACUUUCGGUUUUCUACAGGCAAUGAGAUCUCUUACGCGAGUUCGUCAUCCAUCGAAGGACCAUGGACAACUAUCGGGUCUAUGUCGCCGGAUGGAUCUUCUAUUGACUUAGCUGGCAAAACCGACCUGUGGGCCCCAGAUGCACACAUCGUCGAUGAUCUCUAUUAUGUCUAUUACUCAGUAUCUACAUUCGGAUCGCAGGCCUCUGCCAUCGGCCUAGCAACCUCGAAGAACAUGGAGUUGGGGUCCUGGACUGAUCAUGGUUCCACAGGAGUUGUUUCUUCGUCAUCAAAGUUAUACAACGCUAUUGACGGGAAUCUGAUUGAUGUCGAUGGCAUCUACUACAUGAACUUUGGCUCUUUUUGGCAUGAUAUCUAUCAGGUGCCAAUGAACUCAGCCGCGACAAAAACCUCCUCUUCCUCACACAACCUGGCUUACAACGCGACCGGUACUCACUCUGAGGAAGGUUCCUACAUGUUUAAACAUGGAAGUUACUACUAUCUAUUCUUUUCCUCUGGCAUUUGCUGUGGCUACGACACAUCGAGACCUGCUACUGGAGAGGAGUAUAAAAUCAAGGUCUGUCGGUCGACCUCCGCAACCAGCGGAUUUGUCGAUGCUGAUGGCACUGCUUGCACUGCUGGUGGAGGCACAGCCGUAUUGGCAAGCCACGGUACGGUCUAUGGUCCGGUAUACGAAGACCCAAGUUUUGGUCCGGUUCUUUACUACCAUUACGUCGACACAACAGUUGGCUAUGCGGACGGCGAUAAACUCUUUGGAUGGAACGUGAUCGAUUUUUCUAGUGGGUGGCCAGUCGUUUAA